UCACCAUAAAUUACCAAACCGCCCUUCCCACUCUGAGAAACACAGCUUCGGCUUCUGAUGAAAACUCUCUCUCUCUCUCUCUCUCUCUCUCUCUUUCGUCCUCUUCUUCUUCUCCUCUCUCUCUUCAUCUCUCAGACUCUGCGCUUUUGAUUCCAGGGUUCUGCUUCACUUGCUUGCACGUGGAUUUUCUUUUUGUCCCAACUCCAAGUGAUUAGUUUUCUGAGUGGCUGCUAUAUUGUGUGGCCUCGGUAAUUAUGAAGACAUGAAAUGAUGCUUUUUAAUCCAUUGAAGGAAUAUGCUAAUUACCUAUAGGUUCAUUUUAGUCUGGGAUAUUUAAUAUGACAUGGACUAAGAUGAAGGGAGGUCUUUUCAUGUAGAAGAUAAGUUGGUCGAAAGGACUUUCUUCGUACCAGAUUUCUGUCAAUUGACAUCUUAAUUUUAUUCACGGCCAACAACUCAUUCUUAAGCAGUUGUCAUAGAUGUUUCAAGAGUUGAGGAGAAUUUAUUUAUUGUUCUUCUAAAAGUUUAUAGUGGGAAGUAAAUUAGACUACUGCACAUCUUAAAAAAUGGAUGUGCUAGUUUCACCCCAAGGACAGAAGCAAAAUGUACAGACUUCAUUUCGUAAAUCUUCAUCAGUGAGUUCUCAGAAAGAUCUAUGGCUUAUUGUUCAUGAAGGCUCAUUGGCAGAUGUGGAUUCAGCAUUGGCAGUGCUGAAGAGGAACGGGGGAAACAUUAAUGCAAGGAACCCAUUUGGUCUCACUCCUCUUCAUAUUGCAACCUGGAGAAAUCAUAUUCCUAUUGUAAGACGGCUUCUGGCGGCUGGUGCUGAUCCUGAUGCUAGGGAUGGUGAAUCUGGAUGGAGCAGUCUUCACAGAGCUCUACAUUUUGGUCAUCUUGCAGUGGCAUGCAUCCUUCUCCAGUGUGGUGCCUCUAUCACGUUGGAGGACUCCAAGUGUAGAACACCAAUAGAUCUUCUCUCUGGACCUGUAUUGCAGGUCGUGGGAGGUGACCCUCGCUCAGUUGCCACAGAAUUGUUUAGUUGGGGUAGUGGCACUAACUACCAACUUGGUACUGGCAAUGAACACAUCCAAAAGCUUCCAUGUAAAAUAGAUUCUCUUCAUGGUUCUUCUAUCAAGUUGAUUUCUGCCUCCAAGUUUCAUAGUGUAGCUGUCAGUGCUUGUGGACAAGUCUAUACCUGGGGUUUUGGAAGGGGAGGCCGACUUGGACACCCUGACUUCGAUAUUCACAGUGGUCAAGCUGCGGUUAUCACCCCUCGACAGGUGAUUUUUGGUUUAGGUUCUCGCCGUGUGAGAGCAAUUGCUGCUGCCAAACAUCACACGGUUAUUGCCACAGAGGGUGGUGAAGUAUUCACCUGGGGAUCUAAUAGAGAGGGUCAACUCGGUUACACUUCUGUUGAUACCCAACCCACACCACGCAGAGUUAGUUCUCUGAGGUCUAAAAUUGUUGAUGUCGCUGCUGCAAACAAACACACUGCUGUGGUCUCUGAGUCUGGUGAAAUUUUUACAUGGGGCUGCAAUAGGGAAGGUCAACUUGGUUAUGGCACCUCUAACUCAGCUUCUAACUACACUCCCAGAGUGGUUGAAUACCUAAAGGGAAAGGUCUUUUCUCGAGUGGCUGCAGCUAAAUUUCACACCAUAUGUUUAGGGGUUGAUGGAGAGGUUUACACUUGGGGACAUAGGCUUGUUACUCCUAGGCGUGUUGUAAUUGCCAGAAAUUUGAAGAAAAGUGGGAACACCCCGCUAAAGUUUCAUAGAAUGAAACGGCUUCAUGUGGUUAACAUUGCUGCCGGGAUGGUUCAUAGCAUGGCUCUCACGGAUGAUGGUGCGAUAUUCUAUUGGGAUUCUUCAGAUGCUGAUCUUAGAUGCCAACAGCUAUAUUCACUUUGUGGACGAGAUGUGGUCAGCAUUUCAGCAGGAAAGUACUGGAUUGCUGCUGUUACAUCUGUUGGUGAUGUAUUCAUGUGGGAUGGGAAGAAUGGCAAGGAUAAGCCACCAGCUGCAACACGUUUGCAUGGGAUAAAGAGGGCUACGUCAGUGUCAGUUGGUGAAACACAUUUACUGAUUGUUGGUUCUCUCUAUCAUCCUGCCUACCAUGUCAACGGGAACAAAAUUUCAAAGAACCAUAGUUCCAGUGGUACGGAUGAACUACAUGAGCUCGAUGAAGAUUUGAUGUUUCAUGAUAUUGACUCUGCUAUCGAGUCAUCUACUUCCCCAAAAGUUGCCACUGAACUGCAUUGUGUGCCUAGCUUGAAAAGUCUUUGUGAAAAAGUGGCUGCAGAAAGUUUAGUGGAACCACGAAAUGCUAUUCAACUGCUUGAAAUUGCAGAUUCACUUGAGGCAAAUGAUUUGAGAAAGCACUGUGAGGAUAUAGCUAUUCGGAACCUUGACUACAUUUUUACAGUGGCAUCACAAGCUAUUGCCAAUGCUUCUCCUGAUGUUAUGGCUAAGCUCGAGAAGUUGUUAGACCUAAAGUCAUCUGAGCCAUGGAGCUAUCGUCGACUCCCAACUGCGACUGCUACUUUGCCUGUCAUUAUUAACAGUGAAGAGGAGGAUAGUGAGAAUGAGAUUUUAAGGUCCCGAGAGAAUCAUUUGAUGAGUAACAUGACAAAAGAAAUGGAACGAAGAUCAGAUUCUUUUUUCCACGAAGGUAAUCAAAAUGAAGCCAUUUCCAAACAAAUUCGUGCCUUGCGGAAAAAGUUGCAGCAAAUUGAGAUGCUUGAAUCAAAACAGUCCUGUGGAUAUCUCCUUGAUGAACAACAAAUUGCAAAGCUCCAAACCAAGACUGCCCUUGAAAGUUCACUUCUGGAUCUUGGUGUUCCAGUGGGUAACCUGCUGGAAAAACCAUCUUUAAUGGCUCCAGAAGACAAAGGAAAUAAAAACACUGUGGCAUCGAAAAAACAUAGGAGGAGGAACAAAAGCAAACUAGAACCCUUGGAAACUUCAGCUGGUUUUACCAAAUCUGCUGUAGAACCAGAUCAUAUAGAAGGGUCCUGUGAUGUUGAAAUGCUUUCAUUUGCCAAGAAUAAGGGAGACAACACCAUCUUUGAAGAAACAGCCAACAAUACUAAUACUUUUGAGUCAUCCACUUGUAAUUUGAAGAAAAGCAAUUCAAGUUUGGUGAAAAGUGCAGACUUGUCAAAGGAUAAAAAUUCAUAUCCAACAGCUACGAAGAAGAAGAAGAAUAGGAAGGGUGGGCUGUCGAUGUUCUUGAGUGGUGCUCUUGAUGAUAUGACCAAAGAUGUAGCUGCACCUGCACCCCCCCCACCGCCUAAAAUGGAAGGCCCAGCCUGGGGUGGGGCUAAAGUUGCCAAGGGGUCUACAACCUUGCGUGAAAUUCAGGAUGAGCAGAGGAAAACAAUAGGGAAGCAGAUGAGUGAGAGCAAAGAACAGGCUGAUCUCUUGGACUGUAAAAGCGAAGGGAAAAUUCGAUUUGCUUCAUUUUUGUCUUCCAAGCCAAUACCUGUCGUCCCGAGUCAAGCCUUUCAAGUUACUGAUGGAGAAAGAAACACUCCUCCCUGGUCUGCAUCUGGCACUCCUCCCCCUUCUCGGCCAUCUCUCAGGGACAUUCAGAUGCAGCAGAAAGGAAAACAACAAGUACUAUCAAAUAGUCCAAAGGUGAGAACAGCUGGCUUUUCAAUUACUUCUGGUCAAGGCUCUCCAUCAGAUUCCAGUGGAAUAAACCGCUGGUUCAAACCAGAAGUUGACACACCAUCUUCGAUUCGUUCAAUUCAAAUUGAGGAGAAGGCUAUAAAGGACCUGAAGCGUUUCUACAGCAAUGUUAAGAUUGUGAAGAACCCAUCUUGAAAUUGCUAAUGAAUUGGGUUAGUCAGGUAGCAAUUUAGGUUCUUGGUGUUCCUCCCUCUCAAUACAGUGCUGUAAAUGUAAUUGUACAAAAUGAGCUCAGUGUACAUCCUCUGUUCUAACUCAAACUCAUUUUGAUUUUUAAAGUAGUUGACAGUUUAGAUACUUGCCCUGAUGGUGUAAUUUGCAGCCAUCAUAGAAUUCAGCCCCAUGAAUUCGGAUUCAGUUCAUUGGAAUAAAGGGGGGAAAUUAGAAACAGUAUUUAUGGCAUUCAUUCUGCUUUAGUGAAAAAAUAACGGGAAGGAUACCUGUUACAAGGUAUGCUGAUCCAGCUUCCCCAACCCCCUCAAAAUGCAUACUUUGUAUCAUUAUAAACUUUUUCCUUUGCUUGGCACCAGCCUUUGAAAGCUAUCUGUAUGAAACUAUGAACUCCUUGGGAUCUUUAUCAUGAUUGUAUAUCACCCUCCGUUCAUACAACAGGUAUCUUUUCUUUCAGUAAAAAAUGCUAUUGGGAUUCUGUUGCA